AUGGGGAAUGCAGCUUCUUGUGCACCAUCAAUCAUCUCAAGUGGAGUAGUUAAGGUCCUAUUACCAGAAGGGAAUAUGCAGAUACAUACAAAACCAGUUAAAGCAGCAGAUCUAAUGCUAGAGAAUCCUGGAAACUUUGUGUGUGCUUCAAGCAGUCUAAUAGUUGGUUACAGAAUUCAUGGUCUAAAUGCAGAUGAAGUGCUAGAGCGACGCCAGCUCUACUUCCUUCUUCCUAUGGAAUUGCUCUACUCAGUACUUACACCUGAGGAAAUGAGCUCUCUCACAUGCAAGGCUACCAAGGCAUUUAAACAUGCAACUUUCAACAACCUUGUGAAAAUUUUCCCUGAGUUUUGCAUUUCUCCAUUUGAACCCGAGACUCCAGAAAAUCAGGUGAACAAGACAGCAGAUUCGGUGGAGAGGUAUUCCAAGCAGAGAUCGUGGAAGCCAGCGUUGGAGACAAUUCUUGAAACUGCCUGUUACAAUUUACUAGUAGUAGGAUACAAAUUGGAGACCGGCGAUACAAGUUUUCUGCAUAAUCGGAUUUAG